UAAUGACGAGCAAAUUUUUGAAUCAUAGAAAUUAAAAAUAAAAACACUUUAAUGUAAUUAUUUAUCACAAAUAAUCUAUUCACUAUUCAUUGUUGUUAGUGUUUGAAUUACUUAUUGUAAUUUAAUUUACCUUCAGUUUUCUAAUUUUAAUUUACUUUAUUAAAAUUAUUUUUCCUAAAACUUUUGGAAAACAUUUGCGAAUUUAAAACUGUUGAAAUGGCUACUUAGUGGUGAACUUCAGCCAAAAUGUUUAAUAAUAAUAGUAUAAAUUGAUUAAAUGAGGCGAGCUUUGUGUACACUUACAACAGUUAGAAGUGAAUACAAGAAUAUGUCUGGCCAAAGUGCAAUAAGCAAUUUCAAGGAGUGGAAGUUUAAGGGGCGGCCAAUUUACGCUGAACUACCAAUAAAUGAACAUCCCAUAAUUGAAGAUCCAGAGAAUAUUACCCCUUAUGCUGUGAGAAACGCGGUUUUUUCUAAGGUCCCUACAAAUCCACUUAUUGAUAAAGUCCAAUUGGUGUGUUCUUCUCAUGAUGCUCUGACUGAAAUCCUGGAUCUGGACCCCGCUGUGGAAGAUUCUGAGGAGUUUGUGAAGUUUGUAGCUGGAAAGUAUCUACCUGCGGGAGGCUACACGGUGUGUCACAGAUAUGGCGGGUACCAAUUUGGUUUGUGGGCAGACCAGCUCGGUGAUGGACGAGCCCAUAUUCUUGGGGAGUACGUUAAUAGAAAGGGCGAAUCCUGGCAACCUCAACUGAAAGGUUCUGGAGAGACGCCAUACUCCAGGUUCGGAGACGGCAGAGCGGUGCUACGCUCUUCAAUCAGGGAGAUGAUAGCUUCUGAAGCUUGCUACUUCCUCGGUAUACCAACCACAAGAGCUGCAGCUUUGGUAGUUAGUGAGCCUAAGAAAGUCUGGCGAGACAAAUUUUACACCGGAAACGCACAGCUUGAGAGCACGGCUAUAGUCUUGCGUCUGGCACCUGCCUGGUAUCGCCUAGGAUCUAUAGAGAUACUGGACAAGAUGAGAGAACCGAAAAUUAUGAAGACUCUAGUCGACCACAUCAUCAAGAACUAUUUCCCGAACAUCCGAGAUGAUGAAGAUAAGUACGUGAACUGGUAUACGGAAGUGGCCCAUAGGAAUAUCGACAUGGUGGCAGCGUGGCAAGGAUUCGGUUUCACCCACGGCGUUCUGAAUACCGACAACGUGAGCGUCCUGGGCCUGACCAUAGACUAUGGCCCGUACGGGUUUAUAGAGCACUACCAUAGACACUACGUGCCCAACACGUCGGAUGAUAUGGCGCGAUACGCUUACUGUCAACAGCCUGAGAUAAUUUUGUGGAACUUGAAGAAAUUCGCUGCCGCUUUGGAGCCGAUACUAACUGAUAUUCAGAGAAGGAAAAUUCAACAAGUUAGAAAUACUCUCGACCAAUACGCCAAUGAUAAGAUAUUGCAGACGUAUGUCUACAAAUUGGGUCUGAAUGAAGUGCAGGACGGCGAUGUCAAUCUAGUGGAUGAACUGUUACAGCUGAUGCAGAACACGAUGGCUGACUUCACGGCCACAUUCAGGCAGCUGGCUGAGGUACCAGCAAACAAGUUAUUAGUGAAAAGUGUAUUGGACGGGAAAUGGUCUUUGAACAAAAUUCACGAGGCGCCGCAGUGGGCCGUCUGGGUCACCAAAUAUCGUAACAGACUGAAAGCAGAAAAUGUGAGCGAGGAGUUGCGGUCAGCUCGCAUGCUCAAAGUGAAUCCAUUGUAUGUACCAAAGAAUUGGAUAAUGGAAGAGGCCAUUGCUGAUGCAGAGAAGAAUGACUUUGAAAAGGUGAGAUUCCUGUUAAAAGUGUUCAGGAAUCCAUUUGAAGUCAACGAGAAGGCUGAGAGAUGUGGCUACUCAGCGCAUCCGCCCAGCUGGUCUUACGGAGUCAAACUCAGUUGCUCCAGUUAAACUAUCACCUUCUCUUUUAUAUAGUAAUGUAGCUGUGUAUCGAUGUUGCAUAUUAUUACUCAAUAAUCAAUAUAAAUUAAU